UUCAUUUACUACAAAGUAGAUGAAGCCGACGUCUAAUUAUUUUCAUCUCCACCCCCCUCUUCUAGUUGCCUUUUUCCAUCGUCCCAAAUUGAUACGAUUAGCUGUCCUUUGAUCCCUCCUUGUUUGGAUUUCGGACUCAACAAACGCUCCUAUCCCCUCGAGAUGUACGCCACAAGAUAGUUAAUUCUUCUUUCUUGCUGGGUUGUGGUUCUUCCCUUCGUCGUUCUGUUUUCAACAACGCAGCAUGGCGUGGUUCCCACUCAAUUUACGAUGCUCCGCGCCGAUUAUCAUGGUAUCGACCCUCCUGGCAGCUCUUGGCUCUGCAAUCGGGCACCAUCUUUUCUACGAUAACCUCGACGGUGAACCGGUCCUCGACAGCGACCCCUUGUCCUCGAUAGCUUCCUUCUAUAGUAUCUCGGACCAGCAGUUCAACGUCUCAAUUGGCACUCUAUUCGCAUUGCUCGUCAAGUCUCUUCUUGGAAUCGCUGUCUCAACCGUCUUCGAUCAAUUUGCAUGGAAAGCAAUCAAAGGUCGCAUGAGAAGCAUUGGUCUAAUUGACGACCUCUUUUCUACUUUGAAGAAUGGAUUCAUGGUGCUUGAUUAUGUUUUAUGGCGGCAUUACCCCUUCAGCAUGUUGCUUGCCUGCAUUGCAUGGCUUUUGCCAGUGGCGACUGUUAUUACUCCUGCGACAUUGAGCGUUCACAUGGCAUCCUUUUCGAACACCACGCUCAUGAGAGUUCCUCGUGUUGAUUUUCGGCAAUUCAAGUUUGCUACCUUGAUGGAUUACGCCAAUAGUCCCCAAUUCAUGUACGAGACUAGCAAACCAGAAGUUCAGCGUAUCCUGGUCAAUACAGCCGUUCAGGGGAAUAUUAUGCCAAUCAAGCCUCCUUCAAUCAACUCGUCGUGGACACUGGAAUUUUAUGGCCCCGCACUGAAAUGUGAGCAUGUCGACGACGAUACCCACCGCGCUAUUACGCAGAAUGUGCAGUCUGCAAUACUCAAUAUCAGCACCUUUGGUGUUGAUGAUCGAAAAGACCUGGCUCGCGUGGCCUACACUUUUGGGUACCUGGCAUGGCCAGCCGACACUAGUUCCACGAAUAAAACCCUGCCGUUUGAGAAGCACAAUGUAGAUAGCACAUAUAGUUUACGCAUCAACAAAGGAAACCCCGCGGGAGCGCCCGAGACCGAUGAGCGCCCAACCGACCCUAUAUCCAUGUUCAUAGCGACAUUUCCUCAUAUGGCGGAACAGGGUGACCGCACAGAGAAUGAAUUGAAUGGCACAACGUUGGAUGCGGUGAUUUUGAAUUGCAAAUUGUACAACGCAUCUUACGAGGCCAAUUUUACCUACGUCAAUGGCCAGCAAGAUGUCCGGAUACCACAUAUCCAGUUCUCGAACGAAGCGAUUCCCAUAGGCAUGUCGCAGACGAUGAACAUAGAAAAUCCCUCAACGAAAGAUCUUGACCAAAUGGAGAGAUACUCUUACAUGUCCAUCAUAGACGAACUUGGAGACUUCCUUUCUGGAGAGAUACACCAGAAAACCACUCGCCAACUUGAUUCUCUCAAAGCUAACGGAAACGAGAUCAACUGGGGUGCUAAUGAGACAGUAAUAGAGCUUGACAAUACAAAUGUCAUGCUGACUCCAUUAGCAAGAACAAAGGAGCUGAAUUUUCUCUAUGCAGCCAUGAGCUCAAACAAUCAAUGGAACAAUUCCAAGAAUGGCCUGCCAGCGAGCCAGCCUGCAAGCACGGCACUUUCCUUGUCCGAUGCCCUGGAGAAAAUGUUUCAAAAUAUCACAGUUUCAAUGAUGAGCUCUAACCGAUUCCAACCGAACUACACCACCUCACCGAUGCCAGAUGUGAACGUGACUAUGACCGCCUACCACAACGUCUACUCCUACUCCCAACGCAUCCUUUGGACAGCCUACGGCAUCGCCCUCGGAGUCUCCAUGAUCAGCGUCGCCCUCGGCGUAAUAAUCUACUUUUUCAACCACGGAUCCUACAGCACCAAAUUCUCCACCAUCCUCCGAACAACCCGGAUCGCCAAUAUAUCGACAGUCUUCAACGCAGAAGACGUCAAGGGAUUGGAUCCUCUUCCGGACCAUAUCAAUGACGCAGACAUCUCUUUCAAGGAUGGACGGGACCAGGGCCAGAGCCCUGGUAAGGCGGUUUUCAAUGUCGAGGAAUUGGAAAUGCCUUUGACGCCGCAGACACCGGAAUCAGCGAGACUGCUGAAGUCACCAGAGUUGUACGAGGAGGUGGGCUUGGGUUUGAAUCAGCGAUUGGGACCUUCGGGUUGGUUUAAUGUUGGUGCGAGACGAGAUAUUAGGUAUCAUGAGGUUAAUCAGUAGUUGGUACUAUGUAAUUGGAGCUAUAGAUUCCGCUGGGCUAUAUAGGAGAACUAUGAUCAUCUAGUUAAUUUCAUCGCUGU